CAUGAGAGCAUGGCUGAAGGACAGAAGGCCUCCCUAACUGUGAGCCUUGGUCACUGCUCUAUUGCUCUGAAGAGACACCAUCAUCUGGGCACUUCUUAUAAGAAAAAGGCUUUCCUUGGAGCUUGCUUAAAGUUUCAGAGAUUUAGUCCAUUGUUGUCUCAGCAGGGAGGAUGGUAGCACUCAGGCACAAGUUGCUGAGAGCUCUCCUUCUGGAUCAGCAGGCAGGCAGCAGGAAAAGAGUCUCCAGGCUUGAUCUGGGGCUCAAAGCCCAUGGCACACUUCCUCCAAAAGGCCACAUCACCUCAUCCUUCUAAGUCCUGUGACUCCCUGCUAACUAAGCAGGGGCAAGGAAUGUUGCCACCCACCCAUCUCAAAGAUUUUAACCAAGAAACGUUCCUGAGCAAGGGAAGAACACCAACAAGAAAUGGAGCAGAGACUGAAGGAAGGUCCAUCCAGGGACUUCCCUACCUCGGGAUCCAUCCUGUCUUCAGACACCAAACCAGACACUGUUCCUGUGGUCAAGAGGCACUUGCGGACAGGAGCCUGGAGUGGCGGUUCUUUGGGAGAGGUUCUCAGACAGACAUCAUCCCCUGUACCUGUCAUAAGCAAGAAUCAGUUUGAGAAGGAAGAGAAGAAGCUGAUCAAAGAGAUCCAGCUCAUUACCCAGGAGACAAAUGAGCUGAGAGAUCGCCUGAUCUANGUGACCGAGGGAUCCAUGAACAAGAGGCCCUACCACAGGCAAAAUCCACUUUAUGAAAAAUUGAAGUUAAAGGAGAAGGAGAUCAUGACAUUCCUACACGAAUUAGAGAACAAGAACAUGGAGGCCCGAGAGAACAAGCAGGAGCUCANGAAGGAGAUAAAUUUCUAUCGUAACCUGCACAGCCGGAUCCUGAUGGAGAAGAAUCUUAUAAAGAAGAAGUUGGUGAAAUUGCAGCAGGAGAGCAAGGAAGUACAGGCUGAUUGGGCCAUCAUUCAUCAAUAUUUGGUGGAAUUGAACCUGAGUGGUAAAGACGAACAGGAGAAGAACAGCAACCUUGAGACUCAAGAAUAUCAGGUCUCAGAAACUGCAAGAGAGCGGGAAAUGGCCACAGCAGAAAAAGAGAGCAUCCUGCAGAAUGAGUUGCCACCCCAGGAUGCCACUGCUGAGCACCAUCCCCAGCAUUCACAAUCUUCCUUGGAUUAAUCUUCUUCCAUAUAAUUCAUUUUCUUAGGGUGAAUAGGCCUUUACUAGGAAUCCAUGGCUGGUUCAGUGUGUUCUUCCCUUUUCUCUUCAGACAACUCCUCUUGACAGAGAACUGAGGUGACUGCACUGCCACCAAGUGUCCAAGAGGAGUAGGCUGUAGGUCUGUGCUGCUAAAAGUACAGAAAGAGAAAGCAACUGAACAAUAAUUUUUUGUUAGAGUUUUGGUUGAAGUUUUGCUUUUUGUUCUUUGAGUUGUUGCAAUGUUAUUUAGAAGUUAUAUGUUCUUGUUCUUGUAUUUCAUUGUUUGUUUUUGCCUUUAACUCUAUAUUAAUUGAACUUUUAAGACCUGUUUUUUAAAAAUUCUAUUUCUUAUGAAUAAAAAUUGAUUUGCAAGU